GGAGGGCGGGUCAGCGCGCCGGCGCAGUGCGGUGGUCACUGGACGCUGUGCUACGUUCCUUACGUCCCUUAGCGUUGGCCGGGGAGAAGUGAAGAUGGUGCUGGAUCUGGAUUUGUUUCGGGUAGAUAAAGGAGGGGACCCAGCCCUCAUCCGAGAGACUCAGGAGAAGCGCUUCAAAGACCCGGGAUUAGUAGAUCAGCUGGUGAAGGCAGACGGAGAGUGGCGACGAUGCAGAUUUCGGGCGGACAACUUGAACAAGCUGAAGAACCUGUGCAGCAAGACAAUUGGAGAGAAAAUGAAGAAAAAAGAGCCAGUGGGAGAUGAGUCCAUUCCGGAGGAUGUAUUAAAUCUCGAUGACCUCACUGUAGACACUUUAGCUAACCUGAAAGUCUCACAAAUCAAAAAAGUCCGACUCCUCAUCGAUGAGGCCAUCCUAAAAUGUGAUGCCGAGCGGAUAAAGCUGGAAGCAGAGCGGUUUGAGAACCUCCGAGAGAUCGGGAACCUCCUGCAUCCCUCCGUGCCCAUCAGCAAUGAUGAGGAUGCCGACAACAAAGUAGAGAGGAUCUGGGGCGAUUGUACAGUCAGGAAGAAGUACUCUCACGUGGACCUGGUGGUGAUGGUAGAUGGCUUUGAAGGCGAAAAGGGGGCCGUGGUGGCUGGAAGUCGAGGCUAUUUCCUGAAGGGUGUCCUGGUAUUCCUGGAACAGGCGCUCAUCCAGUAUGCCCUUCGCACCUUGGGGAGUCGGGGCUACACCCCCAUUUAUACCCCCUUUUUCAUGAGGAAGGAGGUCAUGCAGGAAGUGGCGCAGCUCAGCCAGUUUGAUGAAGAACUUUAUAAGGUGAUUGGCAAAGGCAGUGAAAAGUCUGAUGACAACUCCUAUGAUGAGAAAUAUCUGAUUGCCACCUCCGAGCAGCCCAUUGCUGCUCUGCACCGGGACGAGUGGCUGCGGCCCGAGGAUUUGCCAAUCAAAUAUGCCGGCCUGUCCACCUGCUUUCGCCAGGAGGUGGGCUCCCACGGCCGAGACACCCGCGGCAUCUUCCGAGUCCAUCAGUUUGAGAAGAUUGAACAGUUUGUCUACUCAUCACCACACGACAACAAGUCAUGGGAGAUGUUUGAAGAGAUGAUUAGUACCGCAGAAGACUUCUACCAGUCUUUGGGGAUCCCUUACCACAUUGUGAAUAUUGUCUCAGGUUCUUUGAAUCAUGCUGCCAGUAAGAAGCUUGACCUGGAGGCCUGGUUUCCGGGCUCGGGAGCCUUCCGUGAGUUAGUCUCCUGUUCUAACUGCACAGACUAUCAGGCUCGCCGGCUCCGAAUCCGAUAUGGGCAAACCAAGAAGAUGAUGGACAAGAUAAAGAAAAAUCCCCAUUUGUGUGCAGAAGACAUGCUGAAGACAGUGUCUUCCCCCUCCCCCAAGAAGGUGGAGUUUGUCCAUAUGCUCAAUGCUACAAUGUGUGCCACCACCCGCACCAUCUGCGCCAUCCUGGAGAACUACCAGACAGAGGAGGGCAUCGUCGUGCCUGAGAAGUUGAAGGAGUUCAUGCCGCCUGGUCUCCAAGAACUGAUCCCCUUUGUGAAGCCUGCACCCAUUGACCAGGAGCCAUCAAAGAAGCAGAAGAAGCAGCAUGAGGGCAGCAAAAAGAAAGGGGCAGCCAGAGAUGUCCCCCUAGAAAACCGGCUGCAGAACAUGGAAGUCACCAAUUCCUGAACAUUCCUUCCUCCCAGUUUGUCGGGCUUUCGUUUCUGUCAGCUGGGAUCUCAGAGCCUGCCCACGGGCAGGGAAGCCAAGCACCCACUCAUCACCCGCCCCAUCUGACUGCAUUGCUAAAGGGGAACAGUCUGCCAUGUAAAGCGCGACGUCCCCGUCUCCUUGCAUGGGCACAGGAUCCAUUCACUGACGACCGAUGAAACCAUGUAAUAAAGCAUCUCUGGGGGAAGGCUAGGACUCUUCCACGGUCUUCUGCCCAGGGCUCGAACCCUGUC